UGAACAUGUAAUGUCCUAUCUGCAUCGCCUGACUGCUGGUGGGAAGAAAUUUCUUCGCGUUGUGUGCGAUGUAUUUCAUUCUGUCACGAGACUGAGGGGGAAGCUGCUGCGUCUUGUUCCAGAUGGAGCGGCAGGCCUUUAAACUCUCCCACAAUUGUUUUGCGUCCAUCCCUUUUGACAAGACAACCCGUUUAGUUGUCCUUUCGGCUCUCGUCCAAGAUGAUCCACAGUCUCUUCCUGGUCAACUCAUCAGGAGACAUUUUCUUGGAGAAGCACUGGAAGAGCGUGGUGAGCCGCUCUGUGUGCGACUACUUUUUUGAGGCCCAGGAGCGUGCCAGUGAGCCAGAGAAUGUCCCGCCUGUGAUCCCCACGCCGCACCACUACCUUAUCAAUGUUCUCAGACAUCGCAUAUACUUUGUGGCGGUCAUCCAGAGUGAGGUGCCUCCUCUCUUUGUCAUUGAGUUCCUGCACAGAGUUGUCGACACAUUCCAGCAGGACUAUUUUGGUGUGUGCACAGAGGCAGCCAUCAAGGACAAUGUGGUUGUGGUCUAUGAACUAUUGGAGGAGAUGUUGGAUAAUGGCUUUCCCCUGGCCACAGAGUCCAACAUUCUCAAAGAGCUUAUCAAGCCCCCCACCAUCCUCCGCACAAUGGUUAACACUAUCACAGGCAGCACCAACGUGGGCGAACAGCUCCCCACUGGCCAGCUGUCAGUGGUACCAUGGCGACGCACUGGUGUGAAGUACACAAACAAUGAAGCCUAUUUUGACGUGGUGGAGGAGAUAGAUGCCAUCAUUGAUAAGUCAGGUUCCACCAUAACAGCAGAAAUCCAGGGAGUCAUCGAUGCCUGCGUCAAACUUACCGGCAUGCCCGACCUCACACUUUCAUUUAUGAAUCCGCGACUGCUGGAUGAUGUCAGCUUCCAUCCGUGCGUUCGAUUCAAGCGGUGGGAGGCUGAGCGGAUCCUCUCCUUCAUCCCUCCUGAUGGAAACUUUCGGCUACUUUCCUAUCAUGUCAGCUCUCAAAACCUGGUGGCAAUUCCAGUGUACGUCAAGCACAACAUUACUUUUCGUGAAGGAAGCUCCCAGGGACGAUUUGACUUGACCCUGGGCCCCAAGCAGACCAUGGGCAAGGCUGUGGAGUCGGUGCUUGUCAGCAGUCAGCUCCCUCGGGGAGUUCUCAACGCCAAUCUGAACCCGUCGCAAGGAACGUACACCUUUGACCCAGUCACAAAGUUGUUGACUUGGGAUGUAGGCAAAAUCAACCCCCAGAAGCUUCCCAACUUGAAGGGCACCAUGAGUCUGCAGGCAGGAGCCUCCAAACCUGAUGAGAACCCCACCAUCAACAUCCAAUUCAAAAUCCAACAGAUGGCCAUCUCGGGGCUGAAGGUGAACCGUCUGGACAUGUACGGGGAGAAGUAUAAACCUUUUAAAGGCAUCAAGUACAUGACCAAGGCUGGCAAAUUCCAGGUCCGGACAUGAAAACAUCACUUCUGCUCCUUGGAACUGUAAAAGGGGAUGUGAUGCGAUUUGUUCCGUGCACGUUAACGUACAUUUGAGGGCUUGCGUCCACAAUUAGAAGGCUGGUUGUAGCAACAAAUUCCCAACAGUCGUCAAAUGCUCAAACCCGGUGGAGCGACCUAAGCACUUUUCUAUCCAGUCUGAUCCAUGAAAUCUUCACAAAUUCUACUAAUGUACCCCUAUACUUAAGUAUUUAUUGAUCAUCAGAGCCAAUCCAAACUACCAAAGCAAUGGUGCCUGGUGCUGUUCAGUAGAGAUAAAAAUAGAUUUUGAAAUUUUGAACAACCCCUAAAAUUUAUAAAGAAUUAAUUCAUUGUAAUGAUCGCUUUACUGUUUCCAUAAAUGGGUUGCCGGCCUGCUACUGUAUUGUUUUCCUCUAUUAAUCUUCCUCCCCUAUACAUUAUAUGUGCUUUGCCAGUUUUAUUUUUUUUUUCGCUAAUAUGUACACUGACAUAAGGAUGCAGUACAGCAGUCCUCCUCAGUCAGGCACUUUCACAUCUGGAACUAAAUUGACAAUGAAAACGGAGUUGUGUGGUGUUACUGACUCCUUUCCGGACCAUUUUAUCACUAUGGUGUUUUAUUGAAUACUUGUAAAGUAUACAUUUUGCGUCCCUUUUGCCCCCCAAAUUCCUGGAGAGAAGUAUGAAAACAUUUGUACACUUUCAUUUUUCAAUGAUUCCAGUUAACCAGAUGGUAGAUGUCAUUUGUCCUAAAUAAUAAUUUAUCAUUUACUUGGACCCAAUGACCAGAAUAUAUUUACUCAUCCCUGGAAUAUGGAUUCGACUACAUCAUUUGUAUUUAAUAAAUCUGUGUAAUAUUUUUUUAUCCAAGUUUAUUUGCCACUUUCAUUUAAGUGCUCAACACGUGAUUGGACUAAAAUAUUUGUUUAAAAACCUUGAGUCUUUUGGAAAUAUGUCUUCUGAAAUACUUCCUUCAAUGUGGGCCAUUGACACAUGCACAAAAAUAUAAUUUAUAUAAUUGAAAGAUUUAUUGGGUUUGCCAACAACUCAUCGUCUGCAAGUUUUUGGGUCUUGAGGAUACAAGGUUACAGGUUUGGAUUUGCUGCAGACAACAAAAAAAAAUUCUAAUUAUGGCAAAGGAGUUGCUGGAAAGAUACUCAUUUGCUUGCUGUAGGCUGUUGUAGUGCCCUUGAGCAAAGCGUCCUUUGUUCCCAGCUCAAGUGGUGCAGCGCUGUUUGAGUGCCUCUUUCACGCCGACUUCUCCAUGAUGUGCGACACAAAGUAGACAUUUGAGUUCAGUUUCAAGUGUAAAACAAAAUAAGGUACAUGUUGACGGUGUAGCAAUGGUAAAUGUUAAUUUAACGAUCCAAUUCACGAUAGUUAAACUGUUAGUGAAGCUGAUCUUCAGAAUUCAUAUUUAUUUUUCUUGAAUUCACUGAGAAAUGCUUAAAAGGCUUAUUCAGUAUUGUUCAGCAUUGCGAUAAGCCCUCAUUGUCACUGUGGUAACUGACCUGAAACCAGGGCACCGUCCUACUCUGUUCCACUACUUGAAGCAGCUUGUACUUGCUAAGUUUGAAAUGCGCAACCACAACUUCUGAGGUGGGGUAGGUUGCUACUUUCCAACUGUAACAAGGCACCCAUUUUUUUGUCUUUCUUUUGUUUGUGUUAUAAAGGUGUGGUAAUAAAAGAUUUUACGUGUG